UAUUAUUCCUCAAUUACUUUAUAAUAACUGUAUCAAAGUAUCAAACUGUGUCGCAUUAGUUUUUUCUCAAAAACACUCCGAUAAACUCAUUUCCCAGACCCAAGACUCCAAGAAGCCAUAAAGACUUCUUUCAUCACGUUUGCGCUCUCCCCCCGCGGUUCUGCAUUGUGCUGUUCUAUAUCCACCAUAGCCUGGCAGGAAUGAUCGCGACAGUAAUUAAGAUUUCAGCACAUUUAUCUUUAUCACGAGUUACUAUAGCCCUAAAUCAUCUUUCUAACUGAAUUUGUUUCUUAUAUUUGAAAUUGUUCUUGAAUAUGGAGCAGCAGAGAAGUGGAUCCGGGCAAUGGGCAAGCCCUAGAUCCCCAUCCUCUAUCCAAGGGGGACCGUAUCUUUCAGUUUCAGUGACUGAUCCAGCUAAAAUGGGCAAUGGCGUCCAAGCUUAUAUUUCAUACAAAGUCAUCACUAAGACUAAUAUGUCCGAGUAUCAUGGCCAAGAAAAGAUUGUUAUUCGACGUUACAGUGAUUUUGUUUGGUUGCGUGAUCGUCUUUUUGAGAAGUAUAAGGGCAUCUUUAUCCCUCCACUUCCAGAGAAGAACACUGUAGAGAAGUUUAGGUUUAGUGCUGAGUUCAUUGAGAUGAGGCGUCGAGCUCUGGAUAUAUUCAUUAACCGCAUAGCUUCACAUUGUGAGCUUAGACAGAGUGAAGAUUUAAGAAUUUUUUUGCAGGCAGAAGAGCAGACAAUGGAGAGAGCCAGGUCCCAAGACACUGGUAUUUUUAAGAAGAAACCAGCUGAUCUGAUUCAAAUAUUUAAGGAUGUACAAUCAAAAGUGAGUGAUGUUGUGCUUGGAAAGGAAAAGCCAGUUGAAGAAUCCAAUCCUGAAUAUGAGAAACUGAAGCAUUACAUAUUUGAGCUGGAAGAUCAUCUAGCUGAAGCUCAGAAGCAUGCAUAUGGUCUUGUAAAGAGACACAGAGAAUUAGGAGAGUCUUUGUCAAACUUUGGGAAAGCAGUCAAGCUUUUGGGGACAUCUGAAGACAAUGCACUGGGGAAAGCAUUUUCUGAACUUGGGGCAAAAUCUGAGCUGAUAUCAAUUAAGCUUCAGAAAGAGGCACAUCACCUUCUAAUGAAUUUUGAAGAGCCACUGAAGGAUUAUGUCCGAGCUGUACAAUCAAUUAAGGCCACAAUGGGAGAGAGAUCAAAUGCUUUCAAGCAGCAGUGUGAACUGGCUGAAGCUAUUAAAUUUAAGGAGAUAGAUCUAAACAAACUAAGGUUAACACGAUCGGAGAAACUGCUUGAGGUUGAGCGUGAAUAUGAAGUGGUGAAAGCUGAGGGGGAGGAAGCGACCCAAAGAUUCAGAAAAAUAGUGGAGGUGAUGAAUGGAGAGAUUGUCCAAUUUCAAGAGCAGAAAACAUUGGAUAUGGGGAUUGCUUUUCAUGAAUUUGCGAAGGGACAAGCUAACCUCGCAAAAAGCAUUGCAGAAGCCUGGCGAGGUCUCCUUCCUAAGCUUGAAGCCUGCUCUUCCUAAUCACACCGAUAUUUGGUAACCCUUCCAUGUGUUGUAUCUUCCACUAGCUCUUGAUCUGCUUGUACAGAUCUCUUAACAAGCAAACAAACAAAUACAUACAUAUAAUUGCUCAAGCCCGUUAUAAUUUCUCACUUGCUUCUAGAUAUCAUUAUCCCACUAUUCCUGCGAGUAAUAGCAUUUUCAUCAUGAAAUCCUUUCCCUUGAAUAUAGUGCUAUACUUCUAGUUCAAAUCAUUUUCAACUGUUUUAUCAUGGAAAGCGACUUGUUAAAUGUUCUUUAUCCUUGGGCAUUUUUUGUUUGGGAUUGUGUUGUCUUUAGGGACUGCUGGGUUUAAGAUAUGUGAUAUUUGACCUGCUACUGAGUCACA